AUGGGAGAAGAAAUGUCUGAUGGAUGGGAGACUGAGGAAGACAAGGAGAAGGUUCAGAAAGCUCCAGGGAAAACUGAAGAAUGCCCACAAUGUCAUCAACCUCCUCAAGAACAACUUGUGCUGAGUAGCAAAGAAGGGAAUAGUAAACUUACUCCGGAGCUCCUUGUGCAUCUGACCAGCACCAUCGACAGAAUAAACACAGAACUGGUUGGUUCUCCUGGGAAGUGCCAACACCAAGAGGAGGGGAAUGUGACUGUGAGGCCUUGUCCCAGACCCCAGAACCUUGACCUUGGGGCUACCUUCACAGUGGAUGCCCACCAAGUCAAUUUGGAUAACCAGUCCCAGCCUCGUGACCCUGGGCCUCAAUCAGCGUUUAGCCCACCAGGGUCCACCCAGCACCUGCGCUCCCAGCUGUCACAGUGCAAACAACGCUAUCAAGAUCUUCAGGAGAAGCUGCUGCUAUCAGAAGCCACUGUCUUUGCUCAGGCUAACGAGCUGGAGAAAUACAGAGUUAUACUUAGUGAAUCCUUGGUGAAGCAGGACAGCAAACAGGUCCAGGUGGACCUCCAGGACCUGGGCUAUGAGACUUGUGGCCGAAGCAAGAAUGAGGCUGAACGGGAGGAAACCACCAGUCCCGAGUGUGAGGAGCACAACAGCCCCAAGGAAAUGGUCCUGAUGGAGGGGCUGUGCUCUGAGCAGGGGUGCCGGGGCUCAACGCUGGCUAGUUCCUCAGAGAGGAAGCCCUUGGAGAACCAGCUAGGGAAGCAGGAAGAGUUCUGCAUAUAUGGAAAGUCAGAAAACAUCUCAGUCCUAUGAAAGGACAUCAAAGAUCUGAAGGCCUAGCUGCAGAAUGCCAACAAGGUCACUCAAAACCUCAAGAUCUGGG